GCCGAUUGGCCAGGGCAGGUGUCAGUCGCCACGCUGCUGCAGACGGACAGGCCACUCGAUGAAUAUGGAUGAGAGCAGUGAAAAGGGUGAUGCGGCAGGGAAGACCCCCCCCUUCAAACCGGUGCAGGCUUGAACAAUGCGUGGCGUCUUUCACUGAAAAUACUGAGAGCCUGCAUUAGCAUUUUCUCAUACAAUUGAGGCUCUGGCCAGCUGCAGGCAUGGCUUGGAUGUUGCGGUGAAAUCUUUUUUUUGCACCCACUGAUGUAUUAGACCUCUGUGAAAAAGGUUGACUGGCCGCAUUCCUCAACGCCACCAUUGCACCUAUGACUAGCCUAACGUUAAGGUACCCUUACAAGAUUGUACCCCGGUAUUGAUGGCGAUCUGACAGAGGAUUUUACCAGCAGAUCUCAGAAUGGAGGAGGGUGAGUACUUCCUGAAGGUGCUGAUCCCCAGCUAUGCGGCCGGCUCCAUAAUUGGCAAAGGCGGCCAGACCAUCGUACAGCUGCAGAAAGAGACGGGCGCCACCAUCAAGCUGUCCAAAUCCAAAGACUUCUACCCAGGAACCACAGAGCGUGUAUGUCUGAUACAGGGUACAGUCGAGGCGCUGAAUAGCGUCCACAGCUUCAUCGCGGAGAAAGUCCGUGAGAUGCCUCAGAGCGCCCAGAAAACAGAGCCAGUCAGCAUACUGCAACCACAGACCACUGUCAACCCCGACCGCGUCAAACAGGCUAAAUUGAUUGUGCCCAACAGCACGGCUGGGCUGAUCAUCGGUAAGGGCGGGGCCACGGUCAAGGCGGUGAUGGAGCAGUCGGGUGCCUGGGUGCAGCUGUCCCAGAAGCCUGAAGGCAUCAACCUGCAGGAGCGCGUGGUCACCAUCAGUGGGGAGCCCGAGCAGAACUGCAAAGCCGUGGAGAUCAUCGUGCAGAAGAUCCAGGAGGACCCUCAGAGCAGCAGCUGCCUCAACAUCAGCUACUCCAACAUCUCAGGCCCCGUGGCCAACUCUAACCCCACCGGUUCCCCCUACGCCAACUCAUCCGAGGUCCUCCCCAACGCAGCCGCGGCUGCCGCCACUGCCUCCAGCCUUCUGGGCCAGGCCGGCCUGGCAGGAAUGGGCGGCUUCCCGGGCACCAUGUCCAGCUUCUCUGGCAAUGACCUGCUGGCCAUCACCUCGGCCCUCAAUACACUGGCCAGCUAUGGCUACAACACCAACACCCUGGGUCUGGGCCUGAACCCCGCUGCCGCCUCCGGGGUCCUGGCCGCCGUGGCUGCUAGCGCUAACCCAGCCGCUGCUGCCGCCGCUAACCUCCUGGCCUCCUAUGCCAGCGAUGCCUCCGGCGGCUCCGGCCACCCCGCUGUCGGCCUGGGCGGCUUCUCCCUGGGCUCGCUGGCUGCCGCCACAGGGGCCUCCAACGGCUACCUGAACGCCUCAUCCCCACUGAUGGCCUCUUCCCUGCUGGCCACAGAGAAGCUGGGAGAUGGGGCCAAGGACGUGGUGGAGAUUGCCGUGCCCGAGAAUCUGGUGGGUGCCAUCCUGGGGAAAGGUGGUAAAACGCUGGUGGAGUACCAGGAGCUGACAGGCGCCCGCAUCCAGAUCUCCAAAAAGGGAGAGUUCAUCCCCGGCACGCGAAACCGUAAAGUUACCAUAACAGGGUCGCCCGCGGCAACGCAAGCUGCCCAGUAUCUGAUCAGCCAGCGGAUCACGUAUGAGCAGGGUGUGCGUGCCACCAACCCACAGAAGGUGGGCUAAAUGGGAAAAAAUUAGUCAAAUAAAGGAAGGAUGGAGACAGAGAAAAUAAAAGGGAAUCGAGGGUCACGGCGAGGGGAAAAAAAUGUCCAAAUAUCCGUUCAAUAUUUCAGUAUUAAAAAGAGAAGAUCACAAAGGAGGAAGAGGUGGAGAAAACCAAGAUAAGUUUGUGUGAUAUGUGAUUGUGUUUUUAGGACCGAGGUCCUGAUGUUUUUAAAAAGCUGUGAGGAGUCCUUUUGAUGAUGGCGAUUAGAGUAAAGCUGAACUGGUCCACUGCCAAGCUGCAGAUCCAGGGGUGAGCACACGAGUUCGCCCCUAUUCAGAAACCUCAUAGCUGGGUUUGUUUUGGGUUUCGUUCUCUUCCGUUUCACUCUUCUAUCAUUGUGUGGGUUUUUCAGCUUCAGAUGCAGACCUCCGCUCCAGGUGAGUUGAGAGUCAGUUGAGGUGCCAGACAAGCUAAAAGAGCAGAGAUGGAUGUUUGCUCAUGCCUUUUUCCUUUGAUGUUAACCUUUCUCCAUGUGAACAAAGCAAAAAAGGCCUUGUCUACAUGAGAGAGGUUAAAUGAUGCUCACCAGAGGUCGUCCAAGACCAUUAGGCAUCCAUUUUAAUCUAAAUUCUUAACGGACAUCACAAUGUUAAUGACAUGCCACUGUAUGAUUCAUAUCAAAAUUAAGAUUUUAACACUUUGGUUGUUAUAAUUUUUUUAUUUUCAUCAAUUAUUUAUUGAAAUAUGGUCUCAUUCAAACACGUAUAGAUAAUUUUAACCUGUGAAUUCGGGUUGAUAUGAAUGUAAAGACAGUAUUAUUGUUAUUUUGUUAUUAACGAGGAUCAAAUGUUGAGUUGCAGUGACAGAUAUGUAUAGUUUUAACCCAGAACUGCACAGUAACUAUAUAUGAGUGUAGAUCAGGGGUCAAAUGUUCAAUGUGAGAGGAUAGAUGAGACACACAGGAAUGUACACACACAUACACAG